AUGUCUUUAUUAACAUCACAAUUUAAAGAACUAGAAUCAAUUAAUAGUUCAACAGUUGAUUCAGCAACAAGAACAAAUACAAAUCAAGAUAUAUUUAUGAUGAUGGAUUCACCAAUUAAUCAUAAUAAUAAUAACAAUCCAUUAAAAUCAAAUUUUAAUAAGAAUGAUAAUUUAUUCAAUGAAUCAAUUUCAAUAUUUAAAUUAUAUAAUUUAACAAAGUUAAAUUUACCAUACAAAGAAAGAAUAAUUAAUAUGACGAUUAGAUUACAAAAGAAACUCUAUUUAGAAAAUGAAAAUAUUUUACAAUUAUUAAAAUAUAUUGAUACAAAUAAUAAUAACGAUGAAUUUCUACAUAAUGAACAUGUUCCAUUUUCUUCAUCACACCAUAAUCAAAAUCUUCUACUAAGUGAAGAUGACGAAGAUGAAGAUAUAUAUCCUGAUGCUUCUGAUACACCUUAUGGAUCUUUUACAAAUGAUUACGAUUUAAAUACAACAACUCAGAAUUUAAUUACAAGUAAUAAUAAUUUUGUUAUGCCAAGACCAAUACCGUCAAAUUCAUUUAAUAAUAAUGAAUUUAUUUCUUUUAAUAAAAUGAAUAAUAAUACAAAUACAUCAAAUUUAAUUAAUAUGAAUUUUAGUUUAAUGAAUGAUGAUUUAGAUUCAUUUCAAAACAAUUCUUCAACGUCAUUAUCACAAUUUCAUUAUUUAGAUGAUAAUAACUCAAAUCAAUUAGAUAUAAAUAAUUCAAAUUGGGGUGAAAUUUCUAAUUCUUUGCCAAAUUUUGCAACUCCUUUACAAUUUCAAAAUAAUAAUAAUAAUAGUAGUAGUAAUAGUAAUAAUUUAAAUUCAACAAUGACUCCACAACAAAUGAUUACUCCAUCAAGAACUCCAUCAUAUCCAUCAAUUCCAUUAGUAUCAACGGCAAUUAUUUCAAAAAGACAACAACCUAAAAAAAUUAGAAGAAAAAAUAGUAAUUGUGGAAAUUCACCAGAUAAUAAAACUACGAAAUGUAAUAAUUGUCAAACUUUUACAACUCCUUUAUGGAGAAAAGAUUCUCAAGGUAAUUCUUUAUGUAAUGCUUGUGGUUUAUUUUUAAAAUUACAUGGUGUAAUGAGACCACUGUCAUUAAAGACAGAUGUUAUUAAAAAGAGGCAAAGAAAUGGUUCAACAAAGAGAACAAAUCAAAAUUCACAACAAUUAUUACAACAACCUCAAGUGAAAAAUGAUCAUGAGAAUUUAGAAUGGUUGUCAAUAAAAUUAUAG